AUUUCAUCCUCUUGACAUGCUUUUUCCAUUCCCUCCUAUGCUUUUAACUAAAACAACAUUGCAACAAGUGCAUAUCAUACGCAAAACAACCCAGACUUAUAGCUUAUUCAGAUGAUGGCUAGGGAGGAUCUACAAUGGAGUUCAUCACCUCAAGCAAAGCUAUCUGAGGUACAUCUCAACCAACUAGAUGUAAAGCUGCAUAGAAUGGAGGACAAAGCGCGGUGCAGCAAGAGACGGAGCGCGGAGCCGCAAGAGACGGAGUGCGGAGGGCAGAGUGCGGAGGGAGGAGCGCGCAAUGCGGAGUGCGGAGCUGCACAGGACGAAGGCCAAACGGCGGAGCCGCGGAGGCUGGAGUCGCAACCAGAGUUGGGCAGGAGGAGAGUAAUCACUAGCUUCUGCUUCAACAAUUCGGGGAUUGUGUUUUGACGUAGGAUUAGGUUAUUUUUGAAAUAAAAAAACAUAAUUGAAAACUGAAAAGAUUAAAAAUGAAAAGAAGAAAUAAUGGAGACAUAAAUGAUAUGUGGAGCACAAAAGUGGACCUCAUGGGUAAUUUCCACAUUGAAUAUCAG